AAGAAGAAGUAAAGACGCAGCUCUCGCCCCCGUCCCGCUGCUGCUGCUGCUGCCGCCUCUCUCAGGUAGGGCCUCUGAGCAAAGAUGGCGACGGACAAACAGAAACAUGAAGGCAGGGUGAAAAUCGGACAUUAUAUUCUCGGAGACACACUAGGAGUGGGAACGUUUGGAAAAGUCAAAGUGGGCCAGCAUGAGUUGACCAAGCACCAGGUGGCGGUAAAGAUUCUGAACCGGCAGAAGAUCCGCAGUCUGGAUGUUGUGGGGAAGAUUCGACGCGAGAUCCAGAACCUCAAACUCUUCCGUCACCCACAUAUAAUCAAACUUUACCAAGUCAUCAGCACACCAACAGACAUCUUCAUGGUAAUGGAAUAUGUGUCAGGAGGAGAACUCUUUGACUACAUCUGUAAAAAUGGAAAGUUGGACGAGAAGGAGAGCAGGCGUCUGUUCCAGCAGAUCAUCUCAGGGGUGGAUUACUGCCACAGACACAUGGUGGUGCACAGAGACCUCAAGCCUGAGAACGUCCUGCUGGAUGCACACAUGAAUGCCAAAAUUGCAGACUUUGGCUUGUCAAACAUGAUGUCGGAUGGAGAAUUCUUAAGAACGAGUUGUGGUUCUCCUAAUUAUGCUGCUCCGGAAGUCAUCUCUGGAAGAUUAUACGCAGGGCCUGAGGUGGACAUCUGGAGCAGUGGUGUGAUUUUGUAUGCUCUGCUAUGCGGGACGCUGCCGUUUGACGACGACCACGUGCCAACACUGUUCAAGAAGAUCUGCGAUGGGAUCUUCUUCACUCCUCAGUACCUGAACCCCUCUGUUAUUAGCCUUCUGAAACACAUGCUCCUGGUGGACCCCAUGAAGAGAGCCACCAUUAAAGAGAUUCGGGAGGAUGAGUGGUUUAAACAAGAUCUCCCCAAGUAUCUGUUCCCAGAGGACGCUGCAUAUAGCAGUAAUAUGACUGAUGAGGAGGCGCUGAAGGAGGUGUGUGAGAAGUUUGAGUGCACUGAGGAGGAGGUGCUGAACUGCUUGUACAGUCGCAAUCACCAGGAUCCUCUUGCUGUGGCCUAUCACUUGAUCAUAGACAACCGCCGCAUUAUGAGUGAGGCCAAAGAUUUCUAUUUGGCCUCCAGCCCCCCGGACAGCUUCCUAGAUGACCUGCCUGCACACCACUCUGCAAAGAUUCACCCUGAGAGAGUGCCGUUCCUGGUGGCUGAGUCUCAGCCACGUCCUCGACACACGCUGGAUGAGCUUAACCCCCAAAAGUCCAAGCAUCUCGGUGUCCGGCGGGCCAAGUGGCACCUGGGAAUCCGUAGCCAGAGCAGACCGAAUGAUAUCAUGAGUGAGGUCUGUCGUGCUAUGAAGCAGUUGGACUAUGAGUGGAAGGUAGUUAAUCCUUAUUACUUACGAGUGCGGAGGAAAAACCCAGUCACUGGAGUACAUACAAAGAUGAGCCUCCAGCUCUACCAGGUGGACAGCAGGACCUAUUUACUAGACUUCAGGAGCAUAGACGAUGACAUGAUAGAAGUAAAAUCAGGGACCGCCACACCUCACCGCUCCGGCUCAGUUGGUAACUACCGGACUACCCUAAAGAACGAUAGGAACGAGAAAAACGAAUGUGAGGAUGCAGCACAGGGUGACACGUCCGCACCCUCCACGCCUCCAAUAUCCGGAGGGAAAGCGGCGGAAGGCUCUCUGGCUUCUUCUCUUACCUCCUCAGUGGAUUCCACAGGGGGAGAGAUCCUCCCCCGCCCUGGAAGUCACACCAUAGAGUUCUUUGAGAUGUGCGCCAACCUCAUCAAGCUGCUAGCACGAUAACUUGUGGUUCCUCUGAUGCCUUCUCUCUCACUCUCUAGCUUGUUUUCUCUUUCUUCUAGAAUACUGUCUACCUCUUCAUCCUCUGAUAUCUGUGUCAUCAUGCACAGCAGUCCUAUCUCUAUUUUUUUUGUCUCUUUUUUUUUUUUUCCCUCUCUCAGUGUCUUUAGAGCAAUAAGCAUGCGGACGGACUCAAGACUCCAUGCAUCCCACUCGCAUGAACAAGCUGAAUGGUCUGUGGCACUACAGUCACCAGGAUGAGCCUGUUUAAGAGGACUGAGAAAAGGUACAAGAAGGAAAAGGAUGGAGGUUUAUUUGUGUGUGUGUGCCACAGUUAAGAUAUCAGAAAGAUUGCUAAGCCACUUAAUAGUAUCUAAACUCUUUUAGCGAUGGCUUUACAAUUAUUUUCUGGGUUUUAUGGCAAGGAUUUCCUUGCAGGGAGUGAGGCGUAGAGGUGCAUUUAAAUGAGUUAUACACUGAGCUAGCUGUAUUGUACACAAUGCUGUUGCGAUUCUUGGCGGACCAAGAAAUGAAUAAAGAAAGAGCCCUUAUGAGGCAUGUGGGACGACAAGUAAGAUAGAAAGCGCUUUUGCACAGUUUUACCUGUAAGUUUUUGUGGGCCAGUGUCAGAACUGGUUAUCCCAUUGAAGCGGCCUACUGGGAAGAGCACUCGAUUAGGAGGAGCCAUCUUAAAAAGCAGGGCCAAUUUAAUAUGGUGGGCACUUUAACACAAAGGGACAACUUGAUACGUCAGCCUUUCUUAAGGAAGAGACCAAUAUGAAACCCGUUUAUCCUGAGGGAGUGCAAUGUCCUUGCCUCUGUUUCAUAGAUUUUUGUUUGUUUGUCACACCUUAGUCUUUUUUUCUAUUUUCUCACAUUUUACAUAAAUUGAAGUAUACAGAAUUUAAACAUGCAUUUGGAUUUAUAUUUAUCAGUGCUUUAAAUGGGGUUGUAGAUUGUAUUAAAAUAGUGAUAUUGGACUGAAUUUUUUUUAAAGAAAUGUUUGAUUAUAUUGCUGUAAGACGUUUUAUUCCAUACACUGCUUUAUCAAAAACGUCUUUUUUUUUUUUUACUAUUAUUUUAGUUGUUUUGAAAAAAAAAAAAGGUACUCCUUAAAGAAAUCAAAUGUUUAUGUAUUCCCUCUGCUUUUACAAAUUAAGUUUCUGUAAUCAGACGGGCCCAGUAUUAAAACUGAAUUUAGAUUUUUUUUUUUUUUUUGAGAUGUGUAUCUGUGAAAACUUAAAAAAAAGAUAUUAAAAAAACAUCUGAGGUGUCAAGUAAAGUUUAUCACCACAAUGAAAAUGAAA